UCCCCUAAUCUCCGAGAAAGCGCGAAACGCUAGCACGAUGGAUCUUCUCAAGCAGGAGCUGCAGAAGAAGCGGAAGGCGGCGAGGGUGGACUUCGCGGGGAGAAGCUUCGUGCGGCGGUCGGAGCUGGAGCGGAAGCAGCUCCAGCAGCGCCGCGAUGAGCGCCUUAAGCCCAAGACCAGCGCGCCGGUGUCCUCUUGCCUCGAGUCCGCAGCCGCCUCCGGUCCCGGCAGCGACCCACACGCCGCAGCGGGAAUCUCUAGCCCUAGCCCCCACGGCGAGCUCAGCUGCCUCCCGCGGCACGAGGUGACCCAGCGCUUUCGCGUGCUGCGUCAGCCCGUCACGCUGUUCCGGGAGGACGACGCCGCCUGCGCCGAGCACCUCGAGCUCGCGCUCAGGUCCAGCGCGGUUGACGCAAUCGACGGUCUCGGCAUGACCCGUGGGCAGCAGAGCAACGACUCCCUUACUGGGGACGUGAUCGGGAUGCGCCAGCGGCACAGGUCCGCAAGGGACGCCUGCCCCAAGCUUGCCGCCGGCGGGGGUGGCGCUGCCGGGGAUGAGGACGAUGCGGGUGCAGACAGGGACUUGAAGAUGAUGGAGGCCGAGUUCGACGCGCUUUGAGCGGAAGACAAGAUUUUGGUGUUCUUCAACAGGCUGCUUAAUCAGUGGAGACAGGAGCUCGAUGGCAUGCCGGAGAUGGAGAAGCGGACGGCGAUCGGGAAGUGGGAGGUUGAAAGGUUCAAUCAGUCCGCACGAUGCCUCGGCACCCUGUUCGAGUUCUGCAGGAAGAAGAUUCUUCCUGAUGACAUCCGUCAAGCAUUGCUUGAUAUAGUUGAAUGCUGCAUCAGGCAUGACCAUCUACUAGCGAUGGAGCGAUACAUCAAACUGGCCAUUGGCAAUGACCCAUGGCCUAUUGAAGUUACUAUGGUCGGUAUCCAUGAGCGUUCUGCCCGAGAGAAGAUUUCCGCAAACAGGGUCGCCCACAUCAUGAACGAUGAGACCACUCAUCAGUGCCUUCGGUCAAUUAAGAGGCUUAUAACCCUUUACGAGCCGCGUUAUCUCACACAGUCACACAACCCUGAAAAUUAGUGGAGUUGAGAAGCCUGGCCAAAUGCAAGUGAGCUUUUUUUUUAGAAUAAAAAUGCAAGUGAGCUGCAUGAACUUUUAUCAAAGAAUGGUGCGGGUAAAGCCUCCAUGGAAUGGUUAUGCUUCAUACCAACAAAAUUAAAUAGGAGAUUCUUUAGAUUGGAUCAUAAAUAGAGUUUGGGAUAUUUGUGUAAUA